ACCGGAGUUCUUUUAGAGAUUGCGUAGACCUGAACAUAGCAUUCUGAUGUACAUAUUGGGUGUUAUGUAGGUUCUUGUGACCAUGGACUAUUUGGGACAUAGGAUUUUAACACAUUUGGAAAAUGGGAGCAGUCUUGAUCAGAAUUUAACUAUCCUGAAGAGAAAAUUGGAGGAACUAAAUGGCCUGAAGGAGGACAAUGAAUCAAUAAAGAGUGUACAGCUGCAACCAAGAAAGAAACUCAAGAAAGAAGUUGAGAUUUGGUUUCGAAAUGUUGAGAGGAUUAAUGGUGAAAUACUGAAUCUUGAAAACGAAGUUAGAGGAAGCAAUAUUGUCUCGCGUGGAUUCCUUGGAGAAACCGUUUCAAAAAAGACACAAGAAGUUGAAGAACUUCAUCAAAAAGGGAAGAACUUUGAUGCUUUGGUGAUUGACAAGCCUCAGUGGAUUGGACAAGUUUUGUCAACAACAAACUUAAUUGGUGAAGCUGCUAAAAAAGUUAUGAAUGAAAUUUGGGCACAUUUGAUGGAUGAUGGUGUUUCAAAGAUUGGAGUUUGGGGAAUGGGAGGAUCGGGUAAAACAACUAUCAUGAAGCUCAUCAACAACCAACUUUUGAAAGAGACUGAAAAGUUCAACAUCGUGAUAUGGAUCACUAUAUCAAAGGAGUUGAACAUCUCUAAAGUACAAGACAGCAUAGCAGAUGCUAUGAAAGUAGCCGUUCCUAAAGCUGAAGAUGAAGCAAGAAGAGCAGGGUUCAUAUACGAAAUGUUGUCUCAAAAAAGCAACUAUGUGUUAAUCUUGGAUGACCUAUGGGACAAACUUUCUCUUGAAGAAGUAGGCAUCCCCGAGCCUUCUAAUGGGAGCAAAUUGUUGGUAACAUCUCGAUUGUUAGAUGUGUGCCGCUAUUUGGGUUGUCGAGAAGUUAGAAUGCAUACCCUUUCAAAGCCAGAUGCAUGGAGCCUAUUCUCGCAAAAAGUAGGUCAAGAUGUUUUGAAUCACCCACAUCUGUUGCCCAUUGUGGAAUCUGUUGCUGAAGAAUGUGCUGGUUUGCCCUUGGCUAUUGUUACAAUAGCAAGCAGCAUGAAGGGUGUACGGGACAUUCAUGAGUGGAGGAAUGCACUCCAUGAAUUAAAUAGACAUGUAGAAAGUGUGAGUGGGGUGGAAGGGAAGGUGUUUCAACAGAUUCAGUUCAGCUAUGAUCGUUUACACAAUGAAAAAUUGAAGCAUUGUUUCCUCUGUUGUGCAUUAUAUCCUGAAGAUUGGGAAAUAGGCACAGAUGAGCUAAUAGAUCUAUGGGUUGCCGAGGGGCUUGUGGAAGAAAUGGAUAGCAUGCAAGUAGAGGUUGACAAGGGGCAUGCCAUAUUGAAUAAACUAAAAAACAGUUGCUUGAUUGAAAACGGUACCAGACAUCCAGAUGUUACCGUGAAGCUGCAUGACAUUGUGAGGGACAUGGCAUUACGUAUCACAAGACCACGAUUCUUGGUGAGAGCUGGAUUGCAAUUGGAAGAGAUACCAAAUGUGCAAGAAUGGAAUGAAGAUUUGGAGAAGGUAUCAUUGAUGUGGAAUUGGAGAUUACAAAUUCCAUCCCAAAUGCCACCACCGAGGUGUCCAAAGCUCGCAACCUUAUUGUUGUCCGAUUGCCAUAUAACGAGCAUUCCAGAAUGUUUCUUUGAGCAAAUGCAUGGACUCAAGAUUCUUGAUCUUUCUGGGAAUUAUUUUGAGAGUUUGCCAAAUUCCAUAUCAAGGUGUCAAAAGCUCACAACCUUAUUGUUGUCCAAUUGCGAGAUAAAGAGUAUUCCAGAUUGUUACUUUGAGCAAAUGCAUGGACUCAAGACUCUUGAUCUUUCCUUUAAUUACGGGAUUGAGAGAUUGCCAAAUUCCAUCUCUAAUUUGGAAACUCUCACUACAUUGUUGCUAGGUGGGUGUGGAAAUUUAGAGGUGCCAUCUUUUUCAAAACUUCAAUCUUUAAAGAAGUUGGACCUUCGUAAAACAAAAAUCAAAGAUCUCCCUCAUGGGUUGGAAAGGCUGGUAAAUCUCAAAUAUCUUGAUUUGAUUGGUACGAGUAUAACAGAGGUGGCCGAUGGAAUAUUGUCAAAUUUCACAUCACUUCGGCACUUGAGUUUUGACGUGGAUGAUAACGUAUUCGUGAGAGGAGAGGAAAUAGGUAGAUUAAGGAAGUUGGAAUACUUUAAAGGGAGGUUUUAUGACUUGAAUGAGUGGAACAAUUAUAUCCAAGCUUUGCAUGCUCCAACAGCAGGGCCUCGAGAAUACAACUCUUUUGUGGGUGGACAACCAUGUUUUGGCUCUCGAACAGAGGAUAAAAAAGUAAUUGAAGUAAGUAGAUGUAACAUCUGCGGAGAUGGUGUUAAGGUCCUAUCUGAUGUUGAGGGCUUGGUAAUUUCGAAGUGCAUUGUCGAUUUGUGUGAAGAAGAGGCAUUUUCCUCGCGGUUUAUCUUACCGCCACAUAAUGUUUUUUCCUCUCUUUCUGAUAUUCGCAUAGAUUCUUGUCAAAAUAUAAAGAAGUUGUUCUGGUCGAAUUGGGUCUUGCAGAACCUCCAAAACUUGAAAUUUUUAUAUGUUAAAGAUUGCUGGGAUAUGGAAGAAAUAAUAGCACCAGAAUCAGAAUCGGAGGAAGAAGGAAUAAGUGCCAUCAAUUUUACUCUUUCCAAUUUUGCGCUAUUGAUUUUGGAUAAUCUACCAAAAUUGAAGAGCAUUUGUAGUGCAAAUGGAGUAAUGGUUUGUGAUUCUAUUGAGGGUAUUUCUAUAUAUGAUUGUCCAAAAUUAAAGAGGAUACCUCUGAAUCUUCCCCUGGAUGAUGAUGGCCAACCAUCUCCCCCUCCUUCUCUAAGAAGUAUUGAAAUUGAAGAGCAGCAGUGGGAAUUGCUUGAGUGGGACCAGCCAAAUGCCAAGUCUCUGUUGGAGCCUUACCUUAAGUAGCGAUAGUUACAUGUUCGUUGAAAUGUCUGACCAUUACAGCGUUCACUGUAACUUUUAUUUUUCUGUUGAGACAGGAGGAAAUUACGCCUGACCAUAAUGUUUUCCUGGAGAUCUUAGCACGUUAAGGAUUAUUUGGCGGCAGCUCACACUUCAAUGUUCGGAACUCCCUUGAUGCAUGUUCUUUUCAAGUCUUCUGUUUCUACCCUUCUUGUUGACGUUUUAGAGGUUUCAGAGAUUUAGCCUUUUGGUUGGAAGCACAACGGAAGUAAGCUGUUGGAUUAAAUGCUGUACAAGUUUACAGUUACAGGUCCUUCAUUUCAUCACUUGUAUAUCACUCAGUCUCAUUUAUUUCUUACUAUUUUUUCCCUUUCCUACAUAAUAAUUUCAAGCUUUUCUGUCUGUCUUUCCCUAGAUGAUGUAUCAGGUGAGAGAUAAUUUGUCAGCAACUUAACGCUGCUAGAAAAUAGAAGGAAAUAGUGGCUUCUCACGUUCUCACUUGUAACCAUUUGCCAUUGUACACUCCCCUAAAUUCCCUGUCAAGUCAGAAUGGCUGAUGAAGACCCUUGUGACCAUUUCUUCGUUUUUUUGAAAGCAAGACCAAUUUAAGCUGUAGAAUAGAAGGCUUAGGCAUAGUUAUGCCAUAUCAUUUCAACAAAUUGUUCCAAAUUUUAAGACCGUGGCUAAGAAGAUGAAAAGGGAAAUUGCUUACUCUGGGGGUGAAGGUAGAAUUGUAAAUUUCACUCCUUUGCAGAGCACCAGUGUUCUAAAUUUUCUUAAAUCGUC